UUGGACGUAUGACUUCAUUAGUUGAGUGUCCUCAUUCCACACUUUCCCCACUAUAUAUAUAUUCUUGCAUACAAUCCUCUUUUUCCCACCACUAACACUCACACACACACACACAAUAGUGUUGCAUAUAUACAAUUACCAAUGGGGGCCGCCGGCACACUAAUUCCCACCACCACCACACUUUACUUCUCACUACUUCUCUUCACUUCCUCCCUCUCCAAACCCCUUCAACCACCACUAGUCAAAGGCGGCUACUACCCUUCCUGGGCCCGCAACAUGCGCCCGGACGAAAUCAACACCACCCAUUACACCCACAUCUUCUACGCCUUCCUCGUCCCCAACAACCUCACCUUCACCUUCGACAACAUCACGCCCCAGCAGGCCGCCUCCCUCCGCAACUUCACCUCAACCCUCCACGCCAAAAACCCCCCUGCGGCCCCACUCUUCUCCAUCGGCGGCGGGGGCGCGGACCCCACCCUGUUCUCCCGCAUGGCCUCUGCCCACUCCACCCGCAAAGCCUUCAUCGACUCGGCCAUAUCUUUGGCACGGGACUACGGCUUCUGCGGGAUGGACCUCGACUACGAGUUCCCCCGAACCCCAUCCGACAUGAACAACCUCGGGCGCCUGUUCCGGGAGUGGCGCAGUGCCGUCGAGCGCGAGGCCAAGCAGCGGCCUUCCAGGCAGCGGCUCCUCAUCACUGCCGCCGUGUAUUACGCGGCGGACAUGACGCUGUCCAGUCCGUCAAGGAACCUGAGCACGAGCUACGGGGUCGAGUCGUGGAUGAAGGCGGGAGUGGAGGCGCAGAAGCUUGUGAUGGGUUUGCCGAUGUACGGGAGGACGUGGAAGCUCAAGUCGGAAAACGAGACAGGGAUUGGGGCGCCGGCCGUUGGGGUGGGGAUGGGGGAUGAGGGAACGAUGACGUACGGGCAGAUCGUGAAUCUGACUAAUGCGACUGAGGUUUAUGAUAGCAAGACUGUGUCUGCGUACUCGGUGUCCGGUUUGGAUUGGGUUGGGUACGAUGAUGUACAGUCGGUUGGGGUGAAGAUUGACUUUGCCAAGAAAUUGAAGCUGCGCGGCCACUUCUUCUGGGCUGUCAAUGGGGAUUACCACUGGAGACUUUCUAAAACCGCUUCGGAAGCAUGGAAUAAUGCAAGAGACAACAUAGGACAGUAGUGAUGAUACUCUGAGAAUACCCGUCCUUAAUUCCGGGUCAUUGAUUUUACUUCACAUGCAUCUUUAAUUUGUAGUUGUCAAUUUUCGAAUCACAGUUGUUUCCAACGAGGAAAGAUCCAUAGCCUAA